AUGUCAAAUAGACCACCUGUAUAAUAAUAAUGGUAACCUGCUGCUGCAGCCCCAUAAUAAUACUCUUAAUGGAACCCUACAUAUUCACCACCAAGAGCUUAUUAAGCACCUGUCUAAUUGUAAAGUCCUGCUUACAUUCCUUAAUAUUACACUUAACCAGUUGCUCAAUCAUAUGUUGCUCCAUCUGUUGUUCAAUAACCAAUUGUAUAUCAAUAACCUAUGGUUUAUCAAUAACCAGUUGUUACUUAAUCAGUUGUAGCAUAACCUGUAGUAACUUAACCUGUUGUUUAAUAAUAACAAAUUAUUAAGGGAGAAAGCAGAGUAGAGUAUAAUUUAUAAAGAUUUUCCUUUAGAUACAUUCCUUAUGAGAAGAGUGUAAUUGAAUAUGAAGAAGUUAGACAAAAAAUAUAGGUUCCAAGAGAAAAAUAUGUGACUGAAUACCAAGCUAUUGAAUACUAAACAGAAUAUGUUCCCUAAGUCUCAUAUGAUAAAGUUACAGGUAUCAUUCCCAUUUACCUUUAAGAAUAUGUUCCAGUUGAUAGAUAUUAAGAAAGAGUUGAAUAUUAUCCAGUAGAAAGAUAAGUUGUUCAUUAACCUUAAGUACAAGCAGUUGCUCAACCAAUUGUUUAGCAAUCCUAUGUUGCUUAACCUGUAGUCACAUAGUCUUAUGUUGCUUAACCAGUUGUUUAACAAUCCUAUAUGACUUAAACAGUUCCAGUAGUAUAAUAGCCCAUAUAAUAUGCUUAAUACUCUCAAUAUGCUCAACCUGCCACUCAAACUAUUUAUGGCCCACCAGUUCCAAUUGGAAAUGGACCAAUUCCAGCAAGUCAAUUACCAGCAGCUGUUAGAACUGGGUAAUUCUAAUAAACCCCUUAAAAAUGAGGU